AUGAAAGACGGUCCACUCCAAGGCGAUGAUGCCCGCUUGGCAGCUAUGGGCCAUCGGCCUGAACUCCAACGUACUCAUUCGACAUGGUCAAUGCUUGGUUUAGCCUUUGCGGUUCUUAAUUCGUGGACUGCACUUUCGGCCAGUUUGUCCAUUAGUCUUACAUCUGGUGGAAGCACAAGUGUGAUUUGGGGACUGGUCACUGCAGGAUUCUGCAAUUUUUGUAUCGCAUGUUCGCUGGCUGAAUUCCUGUCAGCAUAUCCGACAGCCGGUGGACAAUAUCAUUGGGUUGCAGCUAUCGCGUGGCCGAGCUCAGUACCAAUUCUAUCCUGGGUUACAGGCUGGAUCAAUGUGGCAGGCUGGGUUGCCCUCGUUGCAACGAACUCACUUCUUUCUAGUCAGCUUAUUGUUGGCUGCAUUUCCGUUUUUCACGAGAGCUAUGUCCCGCAACGCUGGCAUCAAUUCCUCAUCUAUAUUGGACUGACCGUUGGCUCAUUCGUCAUCAAUGCUUUCAUGAACUCCAUCUUGCCAGUCAUUUACCGUGGUGCUUUCAUGUGGUCAAUUGGAGGAUUUGUGAUUGUGUCAAUUACGUGUCUCGCAUGCGCCGCUCCCAACUACAACUCAGCUUACUUCGUGUUCUGUGACUUUGUAAAUACAACAGGCUGGCCUGAUGGAGUCGCAUGGAUGCUAGGUUUACUUCAAGGAGGGCUUGGUGUGACUGCCUUUGAUGCGGUAGCACAUAUGAUCGAAGAGGUUCCCAACGCUGACAUUGAGGGUCCGAAAAUCAUGGUUACCUGCGUGGGCAUCGGAGUGUUCACCGGUUCUAUCUUUUUAAUAGUCCUUCUUUUCGUCGCAGGAAAUAUGGAAAAGGUCACAACCUCCGCAGCCGGCCCUCUUCUUCAGAUCCUGAUCGAUGCGACCAAAAGUAAUGCAGGAGGUGUCUGCCUUUUGAUGUUACCUCUGGUCUGCUUAGUCUUUGCUAUAGUGAGCGUCAUGACCACUAGUAGCCGAAUGAUUUUUGCUUUUGCAAGAGAUGGCGGUCUUCCUGCUUCUCCGUUCUUUGCAAAAGUCCACCCAACACUCAAGUUGCCCCUCAAUGCACUCAUUCUUAGUGUUGUUGUGGUGAUCGCUUUUGGAUGCAUCUUCCUAGGUUCUACAAGUGCUUUCAAUGCAAUUAUCUCUGCCUCGGUCGUGGCUCUUGAUCUGUCCUACGGCAUACCCAUUGCCAUUAACUGUCUCCAGGGGCGCAACUGCCUUCCCGAAAGAAAAUGGAAAUUGCCCAAUGCAGUCGGAUGGUUUGUCGAUUUGGUUGCUUUAUCAUAUAUCGCUUUGACUACCGUUCUCUUUGUCUUCCCUCCGUCAAGCACGGUCACGGGAAGCAGUAUGAAUUAUUGUAUUGCAGCAUUUGCUGUUAUCAUUAGUAUCUCCGUGUUCCAGUGGUUUGUGGACGGAAGGAAGAACUUCACCGGUCCUCGCGUUGACAUCACCAUCGAUGCACUGGACACCGUGCAUACGAGAGAGGAGAUUGAGCCCAGUAUGGAUGAAAAGAAAUUUGCUGGUCGGGGCUAG